GUGCACGCGGUUCCUUCCGCUUUUAGUGAAUAUUUUGUUCUGUUAGCAAACAGGUGGAUUAUGUGAGCUGUGUUGUCGUUCCUCUGCGUGAAGACUAUGUAAAUUCUUCAGGGAUUUUGACCGAUUCGUAUGUCGGGUCACCGAUGCCACCGUGAGGCACUCCCCAACUGGCACCAUGCAGCGCCCUCAGGAGUUGCGGGAGGACGCCGAGAAGGACUUGGAGCAUGAGUUUGAGAUUCGCUUCUCAUUCCACCAUGACCUGCCUUCUCCUCUCCCCAGGGGCGUCUCCGCCUUCGUCUAUAGUCCCUGGGCGUCAGGUGUGAAAAAGAAGAAGCGCCACGCCCCGCCUCCACCGCCACCCCCUCCGCCCGCGCCACAAAACACCGCCUUCCACAUGUACAACGCGUACGAAGUCAUUUCCAUCCAGACGCACAAGGAGAUCACCAUAAUUUCGAACGCGCCUCGGCACCUUACCACCUUUUCCAAUAAUCCGUGCUUGGAGGCACUGAAGGAGCCCAAGGAGUUCCCUCAGGCAUUCAAGAACAUGACGAAGGCGAAUGCCCACGACGACGCGGAGAGCAGCUACCCUCGACGUGCCUCCAAGAAAGAUAACUUGAAACUGAGAAAGAAUAAUAGUCACGUGAGCAUCGUUAAGCGCAACAUGGAAGCCGGGAGGAAAGGCGCCUCCAAAGCCAGGAAGGAAGCGAAGGAGGAGCGAGGGAAGAUCCAGAAGGAACCCACCUAUGAAGAGAUCGAAGACUACCUGGACGACAACAAGAAUAUCAUGGAACUGGCGGCGCUGCUGGGUAGGAGGCUCGACCAAGCCCUGCGGAAGCCGACGGUCAGCGAGAGUUGCGCUUCCUCGACCAAAAAUAAAGGCAUGUCCUCGGCUUCUAACAAGCAGCUGCCAGCAAAACCACGUCCGAAGAAGGGCGAGGCGGGGGAUGUAAAGGCCACUAGCAAGGUUCGUGGUGCGGUCAAUGCUAAGGAGAAUGUUAGAGAUUGUGACUGCGUCUGCUCAGAUGAAGUUUGUUGCGAUGCCAUAGUAACACCUCAAAGAAGCCCCCCACAACAGACCAAGGGAAAACCUCAGACCCAUAAAACUGAUUCCAGUAAACCUAAUGGAAAUCUAAAGACGUACAUAUUUGGCGAACAACCCACGAGCGAACCAACGAAAAAGAAAAGGGCGCUGAAAGAGCGGCAGUGCCACUUAGCGGUCGCAAGUCCACGGCCGCAGGGACGAGGGCACAAGGCAAGAGAAGGGCACGCCAGGGCUCUCAGCACGGAAUUCGCGACAGAGAAGAGACAGAAGCGAGGCUCCUCGGCCGGCUUCUUGAGGACCUCCUUUAAGGCUUCUGCUCGGAAGUAUAAGGACAAUGUAGUGCACACAUACAGGAGGCGGCAUCCGAAACACGACAAGCACCAUGAUGCAUACGGCAGUGCAGGGCGCCAUUUCAUCCACCAGAUUCCCCGGGUCAUAAUCUCCUGCGAGAACUCGACGGAGAGUCGCAAGGCCAAUUCCUUGAGCAGAAUCCGAGACUCGUUCCGAGGACGACCUGCAGCCUCGGACCCUCGCUGCGCCCACGCCCAAGACUCGGGAGAAGAGUCAGCCAACGAACAUUCGCGCAGGAGCCGACCGCGUGACGCCAGGGAUCUCCUCCGCGAAGAAAACGAGUACCCGGAGAAGUGUCGCGGGAAAUCCAGGUCACAUUCUACGACCAGAGAGGACAGACGCGCGCCCUACGAGAACCUCGAACGUUCGAAGUCCGUUCACGCGAAGAGGCGGACACCCAGACGCGAUUCUCCGGCUCUCAGCGAUGACCUUUACGUGAGGCGGAAGUCACGUGGCCCGCGAAUCGACCUUGCGAAAAUGAGAUGACCAUUGAAGGCUGAUAUGUACUUUAUUGACCUUAAUGAAGGAAGCAUCGGAGGAAAAGGUUCGAAAAAGAAUAUGUACAUUUGGGUGUAAAUGAAUAUUCGGCCGUAAUUUGAAUAUCAAUACGUAUUAUCAUUGUAUAAUCCAAAUUUUAACGUGAUGAAUCUUACCGUAAUAAACGAAUAGAAGUGUAUAUUAUUUUAAUAAAAGAUUAAGAAGA